AUGAUCAGAAACUUAUUUUUCCGGAUCGUAAAUUGGGUUAUACCGAUUUUCUAUUUGGUAUUAAUAACCGUCUGUAUUAGACUCAAUAUUCUGUAUAUUAUUAAUCCACUACAUCCUUCUGAAUAUGAGUACUUUCUAAUUUAUCUCAUACUCAUCAUAAACUACUCUAGUUUUUUGCUAUCAACUUUCGUAUCACCGGGACACUUGAAAAAUGGAGACGAUCAGAAUAAUUCAAAAUAUUCCAGAUUAUUCAAGCCGAACAAUAUCAUAUUUUUUCAGAAGAACCAAUGCCUCAGUUGUAAAGUCGAGAAGAUUGCCAGGUCAAAGCAUUGUUCUGUUUGUGAUCGAUGUGUUAUGCUUCACGAUCAUCACUGUGUGUGGAUCAACAAUUGUGUCGGAUACCACAAUUUCAAAUGGUUUUUGACGUACUUGGUCACGCUAUUGGUGAUUUUUUGUUAUGGGUUUAUAUUAAAUGCCAGAUUUAUGAUCAAAUUUUGGGAUCAUGAGCAAGUGCAAAACAGCUUUAGUUUCCAGAACUUGAAGGUAUUGGCAAACUCUAAUAUAAAAGAUCUUCUCAAGAAUUAUUUGUUAAUUUAUUACAAUUUCUACAAGAUGUUAGUUAAAGCCAUGAAUAAAGUGGAUGAUGGUAAUAGCGCUACGAAGUUUUCAAUCAUUUUCAUUAUACUAUGUGUUAUCUUCUUCGGGGUAAUUGCAGUUUUCUUUCAUGGAAUAUUGGAAAAUAUUGGGUACCUUGGGGUAACGGAGAAUGAGAAAUCCAAAUGGCAAAUUAUUCAUGAUAUGAUUGACUACCAGCAUUUAUUCAGAUAUUAUGUGAGCAAAGAUGAGGAAUUGGAAUUCAAGAAUGAAUUGUUAUACGAUAAAAUAAAGCAAAGGAAUUUUAUUUAUAUUAGUAAAUGUUUCUAUUACGUGAACGAGGACAAGGAUACAACUGUGCCAAAGACAAACUCCAAAAGUUGUUUUGAUAUCCUCAAGUCCAACUUGCUAACUUUUAGAGCGACCCAAUACAAUAAUACAAAAUCCAAAAACAUUACCACCAUCAAAUACGUCACAUUAAACUCCUACAAUGAAAAGGAAAUCCUUAUAACUUCUAGUAACUGCAGACGAGUAAUUCCGGUCAAAUCAUUGGAAGAGUUAGAAAACAUUUACGAUCUUCAAUCUUUCAAGGAGAAUAUUUCGAUAAUAUUAUAG